AUGGAUGAUAAUUGGCUUGAUGAUGAAAGUGAUGAUAGUGACAAUGCUCAUGCUGAAGACAGUGGUUCAGAAACUGAAAAUAUUGAUAGUGAAACAACAGAAGAUGAAGGAGAGAUCGAUUUAGAAAAACCUAAUUUAGAAGAAAGUAAUCCAGAUGAAAAUGACACGCAAGGCUGUUCAUACAGUUCAAGAUCUGAUAUGGUGUGGUCUUCCACUCCAUCUUAUUCAUCGCCAACAGAACAUCAUGGUAAUAUACAGUUAACACCUGGAUCAACUCAAUUGACCUCACAUGUGGCUUCUGUUGAAGAUGCAUUUCUCUGCUUUAUAUCGGAAGAAAUGUUAAAGAAAAUUUUACUUUAUUCGAAUACUGCAGAAAACUCAAACAGAACUCUCGAUGACA